AUGAACCAGUCGCCAAGAGGUCAAUCUUUUCAGAAAACGGACAAACCAUCAAUUAAUAAUGACAUCGACGUCAAUUCGAUCGCAUUUUUUAACGCUCCUAUGCAUUUUCAAAUGUCCACGGAAAUUUCCAAAAUAUUACCACCGCCUACAAACAACCAAAUGCUUCAUCUUCCAACGCCGAAAAUUCCUAAUUUAAACAUUGCAAAUCCUUCCAUAAAUCAACAACUAUCGGCUCCAAAUGUUAACUAUUCGCCUUCCGGUCGAGGAAACGUUACAAAAUCAAGGCAAAUUACAAGUCAUGACCCCAAAAGAGAAAUGCGUUUAGAACGUAAUCGUGUUGCGGCAAAAGAAUGUCGUGAAAGGAAGAAGGCAUACGUCCUUAAUCUGGAACAAAAGGCGACUCAAAUGCAACAAGAGAAUGCAGCUUUAAGGAAAAAAGUCUAUGAUUUGAAAGAGCAACUUGAAUGGGCAGAAUCAAAAGUGGCAGAAAAAGAUCAGUUGGAAUCGAUGGUUCAAAAAUUGAAAAUAAAAAUCAUGAAUAUGGAGAGAGAAAACGAAGGCAUUGGAAGGAUUUGA